AUGACAGUGUUUAUAUCAAAGCUUUCCUUCGAACAUUAUCGAGUCCCACUGGGCAUCGGGGAAGCACGACCUCGAAUCUCAUGGAGAUUCGGAGGGAAUCCCGUCAACUGGGUUCAGAGUGCUUAUGACAUCGAGAUCAGCCAUGAGGGUGGCGAGCCAUCCAUCUAUCACGUCAACUCACCCGACUCGCUUUAUGUGGCCUGGCCUACUGACCCAUUGCAAUCUGGUGCAUCAGCAACAGUCAGAGUGAGAGCAUACGGGCAAGCCGGCCAGCCCACCACACCAUGGUCGGACAGAGUGACGGUUGAGGCAGGACUGCUGGACAAGAAAUCCUGGUCCGGCGCGGUGGCCAUCGCUGCCGACCGGGACACCGAAGGAGAUGGUCCUCACCGCCCGAUUCUAUUCCGCAAGAAAUUCUCCGUUGACAGACCUCCCUCUUCUGCCCGACUGUACAUCACGGCGUUUGGUCUGUACGAGGCCGAGAUCAACGGGACACGCGUUGGUGACCUAGUCCUGGCUCCGGGGUGGCCAUCGUACAAGCACCGCCAGGUCUAUGAUACUUACGACGUCACCGAACUCAUCCAGAUGGGUGAGAACGUUAUUGGCGCCACUGUCGGGGAAGGGUGGUACGCCGGGAGACUGGGGUGGAAUGGAGGAGUGCGGAACAUCUAUGGAGACACUCUUGGCCUACUUGGUCUCCUUGUGAUUGCUCGUCCCAAUGGAACCAAGCAGUUCGUCCCCAGUGACGCUACCUGGGAGGCCAACAUCGGACCCAUCGUCAAGUCUGAAAUAUACGACGGCGAAAUUUACGAUUCGCGAAUCGAAUAUGAAGGUUGGUCGACAGCUGCCUUUAACAACCGUGAUUGGCUGGCGGUGAAGGAAUUGCCCCUGUUGGAGGGAAGCUUGGUGCCAGCAGAUGGGCCUCCGGUGAGACGACGGGAAGAGAGAAAGCCCGAGAAAUUCCUGAUGUCGCCUUCUGGGAAGACGAUUGUGGACUUUGGACAGAAUGUGGUGGGAUGGCUUCGGCUCAAAAUCGAGGGAUUGAGUGGACAAAAAGUUCGAAUGAUACAUACCGAAGCUCUCGAAGGGGGAGAGGUCGCUACGCGACCGUUGCGCAUUUCCACCGCUACAGAUGAAUUGAUUCUUUCUGGCAAGGGCAUUCAGAUCUGGGAGCCCAAAUUCACGUUCCAUGGAUUCCGUUAUGUCCAGAUCGAUGGUUGGCCGACAAACAGUACCCCGUUGGACGAGAACUCACUGACGGCAGUGGUCAUCCAUACGGACAUGGAACGGACCGGCUGGUUUGAAUGCUCCCAUCCUCUUUUGAACAAAUUUCAUCAGAAUGUUCAAUGGAGUAUGAAAGGCAACUUUGUCAGCAUCCCAACCGACUGUCCUCAGAGAGAUGAAAGAUUGGGAUGGACGGGAGACGCGUGUGCCUUCGCUCCGACCGCCAACUUCCUCUAUGACACUUCGGGGUUUUGGCGGGGCUGGCUUAAGGAUAUGCAAUCUGAGCAGUUUGCAGACAACGCUUGUUGGACGCCAAUGACCGUGCCACUGGGUCCGGUGGACCAAAUUUUCGGCCACAAGCCUCUCGCUUAUUGGGGAGAUGCCGUAAUUGAAAUACCACACGAAGUCUAUCUUUCGUACGGCGACUUAGUCAUGUUGCAAGAGCAGUAUCGAGGCUCCAAAGCGUGGAUCGACCAGGGCAUACCGCGAAAUGAAUCGGGUCUAUGGGAUCGGUCUUUCUUUCAAUUUGGGGACUGGCUUGAUCCCCGGGCACCACCCGAGCAUCCCGAAGAGGCAACCACUGAUCCGGCUCUCGUCUCAGAUGCCUGCCUCGUCCAUGCCACGGGUCUGAUAUCGAAAUUGAGCUCCUGGCUUGGGCGCCAGGACGAAUGUUCAUCCUAUCAGAGCCAGCAUGGGACUCUGAAGAAAGAGUUCCAAAAAGCAUGGAUCUCCGCCGACGGGGUCGUCAAAAUCCAGACGCAGACCGCACUGGCAAUGUCACUAUAUUACUCCCUUUUUGCGACACCUGAGCAUGCUGACGCCGCCGUCUCCCUCUUACGCGAUACCGUUGAGAAGAACGAUUUCAAAGUGGGGACGGGGAUUGUUGGAACUCCGAUCCUAGGCCAUGCGUUGACCAAGUACAGUGCUUCAGACUUCUUCUAUCGAAUGCUUCUGCAAACAAGGGUACCCAGCUGGCUCUACCAGGUGGUGAUGGGUGGUACCACGACAUGGGAGCGUUGGGAUAGCAUGCUUCCGGACCGCAAACUCAACCCUGGGUCAAUGACAUCCUUCAAUCAUUACGCUUUGGGAUCUGUGGCAAGCUGGAUUCACCGAGUCAUUGGAGGACUGAGUCCGGCUGAACCAGGUUGGAAAAGGAUCGCCGUGGAGCCCAUUCCCGGAGGCCAGCUCACCAGUGCAAAGACGCGCUUUCUAAGUCCCUACGGGCUAGUCUCGACGAAUUGGUGGUUUGAGUGUUAUGAGGAUGAUUUCAUUAAGCAUAGGAACGGCUUUCAUCUGAUUGUGGAAGUGCCACCCAAUACGAAAGCCGAUGUGACGUUGCCGGCUGGUCCAGACGGACAGGUGCAGCGGUUUGAAGUUGGAUCAGGAUGUCACGAGUAUUUUGUCCCAGGACUUUACGCGGAGCAUUAG